AUGUCUGAGCGACCUCUUGAAGCAAUAAAGCGAGCCACAAAGGCCGCCGACCGUGCCCCUCAUCUUCCCAAGAAGAACCGCACUGGUGCAGACAUUGUAGAUGCCCUUGACACAACCGGUUUCGGCGGAAUCUACCACCAUGACGGUCCCUACGACGCCACGCUUGCCUCCCGAAACCGCGAUAAGCGAUACGCUCCUGUGGAAGCCGUCAAGCACGGCAACAUGGAAGCUCUCAAGGCCACCCCCCGAGAGAAUGUCGUCGAUUCUCUAGAGCGUCAUGUCCCCCUACAAGGCACGGCGACAAUUCCGCCAGGUGAACUAGACUACGGCGGUCGCAUCAUGAACUACGAAGAGGGCGCCGAUCUCAUGCGCGAGGAAGACGCUCCUGGUGGCCCAUACAAGCAAUGGGAUCACAUUAAGUACCAUCCCGACGACCUAAAGGGCAAAGGUGAGCCCGCAUACACUAUCGAGGAAGACCUCAAGCGCAAGAAGCAUCUACAGCGCAAAUCGCUCGGUCAGCCUGGUGCCUUCGAGAUGCAGCCCACAGGUCGCAGCACUGCAACAGCCGGCAAGGGUGGUGACGUCACUGCUGUCCGACCACGAAGCACUAGUCUGGAAUCGGCGGGACCUUCUCGUAGCCCCAAAGGGAAGCGACUUAGUGACGGCAUCAAGCGCCGUAUUGGCAGCAUUCGACGCAAGCACGACGACAUCUAG